AUGGCACACAGCAACGGGAACAGUGUAAUCCCAGCUAGAAGACAGUUUCUAAACUCUAUAUCCAUUUACAGUCCUAAGGAGAAUCCCAAUGUUUUUGAUGCUGCUGCUUUCUUCCAGUCAGUGGGAAAUUUCCUAGGGAUCUUUGCUGGAUCAUUUACCAUGGGAUCCUCUUAUGCUGUUGUGACAGCUUUAUUGACAAAAUUUACAAAGCUGUGUGAGUUCCCUAUGUUGGAGACAGGCCUGUUUUUCCUCUUGUCCUGGAGUGCCUUCUUAUCAGCAGAAGCUUGUGGUCUUACAGGUAUUGUUGCAGUCCUUUUCUGUGGAGUCACACAGGCCCAUUAUACCUACAACAAUCUGUCACCAGAUUCCAAAAUGAGAACUAAACAGUUGUUCGAGUUCAUGAAUUUUUUGGCUGAGAACGUCAUCUUCUGUUACAUGGGAAUCGCACUAUUCACGUUUCAAAAUCAUAUCUUCAAUCCUCUUUUUAUAUUUGGGGCAUUUGUGGCAGUCUUCGUAGCACGAUCUUGCAACAUAUAUCCACUUUCUUUCCUUUUGAAUUUGGGUCGGAAACAAAAGAUUCCCAGGAACUUUCAGCACAUGAUGAUGUUUUCAGGUUUACGUGGUGCAAUAGCAUUUGCAUUGGCUAUUCGAGACACAGAAUCCCAGCCCAAACAAAUGAUGUUUACGACAGCACUGCUUAUUGUGUUUUUCACAGUCUGGGUAUUUGGUGGGGGCACAACACCAAUGCUCACAUGGCUUCAGAUCAGAGUUGGCGUAGAUCCGGAUGAAGAUCUGAAAGCAGAAGCUGCAAGCCAG